CGUAAAUCUCGCGAUGGCUGCGGGCGAGACGUUACUAAGGUAGACUUUGCUGCUGCAGCCUGCCAGCACAUCUCAGAGACACCGGCAAUAGCCAGUGGUGUGGAUAAUGAGUAGAAAAAUCCUACUGUGUACAACGCUAAACCCAGGAGACACAUAUCGCUGAAGAUGUCAGUGGUGGGAUUUGACUUGGGCUUCCAAAGCUGCUAUGUAGCUGUAGCCCGAGCUGGAGGAAUCGAGACAGUCGCUAACGAGUACAGCGACAGAUGUACACCGUCAUUUGUAUCGUUUGGACCCCGAAAUCGUUCAAUAGGAGCUGCUGCAAAGAGCCAGGUGGUGACCAACUACAAAAACACAGUGCAGAGUUUCAAGCGAUUACAUGGCAGGGCGUUCACAGACUCUUACGUCCAGUCGGCCAAGUCUAACUUGGUGUACGAGCUGGCUUCGAUGCCCUCUGGGGCCACCGGCAUAAAAGUGAUGUACAUGGAAGAAGAGAGAGUAUUCAGCACUGAGCAAGUAACAGGCAUGCUGCUGACCAAACUGAAGGAGACUGCUGAAAGUGCGCUGAAGAAGCCGGUUGUAGAUUGUGUCAUCUCGGUGCCAAGCUAUUUCACUGACGCAGAGAGGAGGUCUGUCAUGGAUGCAGCUCAGAUCGCAGGCCUCAACUGUCUGCGGCUAAUGAAUGAGACCACUGCAGUGACUCUGGCUUAUGGAAUCUACAAGCAGGACCUGCCAGCGCCAGAAGAAAAACCCAGGAUAGUGGUGUUUGUGGAUCUGGGCCACUCCGGUUACCAGGUGUCAGUUUGUGCCUUCAACAAGGGAAAGCUCAAGAUCCUGGCUACUGCGUUCGAUUCCGACCUCGGUGGUAAGGACUUUGAUGAUAUCCUGGUCAACCACUUCUGUGAGGAAUUUGGAACCAAAUACAAGCUGGAUGUGAGGUCCAAGCCCCGCGCGCUUGUACGGCUCUACCAGGAGUGUGAGAAGCUCAAGAAGCUGAUGAGUGCCAACUCCUCUGACCUCCCUCUCAACAUUGAGUGCUUUAUGAAUGACAUUGACGUGUCCAGUAAACUUAACAGAGGGCAGUUUGAGGAGAUGUGUGCGGGGCUGCUGGCCAAAGUUGAGGGUCCCCUCCACAGCGUCAUGGAACAAGCCAAGCUGAAAAAGGAAGAUGUAUAUGCAGUGGAGAUUGUGGGUGGCGCCACCAGAAUCCCCGCCAUUAAAGAGCGGAUCAGCAAAUUCUUCGGCAAAGAGCUGAGCACCACCCUAAAUGCAGACGAGGCCGUGGCCAGGGGCUGCGCUCUGCAGUGUGCCAUCUUGUCACCAGCUUUCAAAGUCCGAGAGUUCUCAAUUACAGAUGUUGUCCCCUACUCCAUCUCCCUAAAGUGGAAUUCAGCUGCAGAGGAAGGACUGAGUGAUUGUGAGGUUUUCCCAAAGAACCAUGCAGCUCCGUUCUCUAAAGUACUGACCUUCUACCGGAAAGAGCCAUUCAGCCUUGAAGCCUACUACAACAAUCCCAAGGAGCUGCCUUACCCUACAGCCACUAUAGGCCAGUUCCUGAUCCAGAAUGUGGUUCCUCAGGCAUCAGGGGAGAGCGCUAAAGUCAAGGUGAAAGUUCGGGUAAACGUUCACGGCGUCUUCAGCGUAUCAAGCGCGUCGAUGGUUGAAGUGGUAAAAACAGCCGAAGGAGAGGAGCCAAUGGAGACAGACCAGAUAGUGAAGGAAGAGGAGACCAAAAUGCAAGUGGACCAGGAGGAUCAGAAACUCCAGCCCGGAGACAAUGGAGACAAGAAAACAGAGACCGAAGAAAUGGAGACAUCGACAGAGGACCCCAAGCAGCAGGAGAAGAAGAAUGACCAGCCUCCUCAAGCCAAGAAACCCAAAGUAAAAACGAAGACACUGGAGCUGCCGAUAGAGAGCAAUUUGGACUGGCAGCUUUCCAGGGAAGAGCUGAAUGUGUGUGUGGAGAAUGAGGGUAAGAUGAUCAUGCAGGAUAAGCUGGAGAAGGAGAGGAACGAUGCGAAGAACAAUGUGGAAGAGUACGUGUACGACAUGAGGGACAAACUACACGGCAUCCUGGAGAAGUUUGUGAAUGAAGCUGAUCGGGAUUUGCUCUCAUUAAAACUGGAGGACACAGAGAACUGGCUGUAUGAAGAUGGAGAAGACCAACAGAAACAAGUUUACAUUGACAAACUGGCUGAACUGAAGAAAAUUGGCCAGCCUAUCCACGAGAGAUACCUGGAAGCUGAAGAGAGGCCGAAAGCGUUUGAGGAGCUUGGCAGACAAAUCCAGAUGUACAUGAAGAUAAUUGAAGCUUACAAGGCAAAGGAUGAGCUCUAUGAUCAUCUGGAUGAGCUGGAGGUGACCAGGGUGGACAAGCAGGUAAAUGAUGCCAUGGUCUGGAUGAACAGCAAGAUGAACCAGCAGAACAAUCAGGACCUCACCGUGGACCCAGUGGUCAAAGUUAAAGAGAUCGAGGCCAAGACUAAGGAGCUUUAUUCAGCAUGCAAUCCAGUGCUGUCCAAACCCAAGCCCAAGCCCAAAGUGGAGCCUCCCAAUGAGGAGAAGACGGAGAAUGGGCCGGUCAAUGGGCAGGAGGGAACAGAGAGCCAGCCAUGCAACCCAGAUAAAACGACAUCUGCCGGAACAGAACAGCAGACAAACACACCGGAGAAAAAUCUCCCUGAAAUGGACACUGACUAGCUGUUUCUGCUGUAGCCCCAAAGUUUUACCUUCAUCCUGUGACUCGCCCCCAUUCUGUCCUUCCUCUGAGAUUAUUAUUGAUGACGCAGUAGCCUCUCUUCUCUCAAAGACACAGAUGGCAUCAUCCCUAAUCAAUACUACUCAUCAACCAGCCUCCUUGGCAUGUUGUUUCUCAUUUUCUUUGAAUGCAAAAAAUAUUGCGUAAUAGUAAUAUUGAAUGGACUACUUUAUAACAUGAAAGUUAUGAGCGUGGGAUGGAAGCUGCUUUCUCUCUGUGCUGCUUUGGUGAGUGUAUUGUUAAAGAUUUCCAGAGCAAAUGUAAACUAUGAAUGUCAGAUUUGAAGAAUUGUAAGUAAAAUAGCUCUUCAGGAGAAAACUAAUGCUAAACAAUAUUAAUGCAAAUAUAAAAUAUUGAGGUAUGUCUAAGUAAAGUACAUACAGAGGCGUUGGUAAGUUAACGUAGAUUGUUCGUGGAAAAACUGCAUUUUUUUUUUCCCACCACAAACAAUUGUAACUUUGGAUAUAUUUAGUUUUAAGAGGAAGCACAGCGUUUUUGUUGAGUUUACUUGUACUGUAUGUUUAAACUAUAUACAACAAGUUACUGUCAUGCAGUAUUUCAUUGUUGGGCUUUUCUCAUUCAAAAGCACUGGUCUGUUUGUUGUUCUCUGGUAGCUUUUUAUUGUUUUUUUUUUUUUGUUUUUUUUGUACUUAACAGUGUGAAUGCUGGUUCAA